AUGGACGUUUUAACCAACUUCUGCAUCGUUACACAAAGCGCACGUCAACCAACACGGAGUGAGAGACAACAUUCCAUAUUAAUUUCGAAUACACAAUGGCUUCCACAACCACCAGAGGCAGACCUGGUCAACUUUACGAUUUUGGACAUUUUGCAGGUUAAGGUAAUCAAUAAAUGGUUUUGUCACUUCGAUGAUGACAAUUAUGUUAACGUACCACGCCUUGUUAAGCUAUUGGACGAAUACAGUCCAUCAGUGGACUGGUAUUUGGGCAAACCUAGUAUUUCGUCGCCACUGGAAAUUCACUUUGAUAGCAAGAACCAAUCGACCAACAAGAAGAUAACCUUUUGGUUUGCAACAGGCGGUGCUGGCUUUUGCCUCAGUCGUGCUCUAACUCUUAAGAUGCUACCAAUUGCUGGUGGUGGUAAAUUUAUUAGUAUUGGGGACAAAAUACGGUUUCCAGAUGACGUGACAAUGGGUUUCAUAAUUGAACAUUUAUUGAAGGUGCCAUUAACUGUCGUCGAUAAUUUCCAUUCACAUUUGGAACCUAUGGAGUUUAUACGUCCAGAAACAUUUCAAGAUCAAGUUUCUUUCAGUUACGCACAUAUGAAAAAUCAAUGGAAUGUCAUAAAAGUUGAUGGAUUUGAUUUAAAAACAGAUCCAAAACGAUUUUAUUCAUUGCACUGUCAAUUGUUUCCAUAUUUUAGUUUCUGUCCACCAAGAUGAUCCCUUAAACUAAAUGCUUAAAAUCAAUUUGUUGUUAGUCAAAAAUUGAUCGUAGUUUAAUAUGCAGAUGGUUGCAAGAAUUAAGUAAAUUAUUGUUGUAGCAGCAAAAAAACUCAAAAUGUUGUUGAUUUAGUUGAAAACUAAUAAAAUCUCAGAACUGUGAUGUAAUUUUAGUUAAAAAUUAUACUAUUGUAAAUAUUAGCGAAACAUAAAUCCUAAAAGUAAAUAAAUGUCCCUUAUUAUUGUAUCUUAAAUUUUAUGCUUGCCUUUAAAUAAAAAAAAAUACUUCUGUCCUGUGUUUUAAUAAAUUGUUUAAAUUAUAUACAAUACAUUUUUUUGCAAUUUUUAUACAUAUAAUGAGCUUCCAUAUUAACCACUUCCGUUUAUUGUAUUUAAAAUGUGCUUCCUUUAAGUAUAUUUUAUAUAAAAAAUCUUUUAUAUAUGUAUUUCUAGUCUCUUAAGGAGAAUUUAAUUGUAAAAUAUUUAAAAUAUUCCUAAUAAAAUAAUUAAUACACUUAAACCAUUUAUUGAUAUCAUUAAGUUGUAGUGUGAUUGUAUAAAAAAUUGUUGUAGUCUUAAAAUUUGCAUAAAUUAAAUUGAAUA